UAGAAAGUGGCAAACUUUUCUUUGUGAAAGUUUAGCCAAGUGACAGUGGAUAGUCAUUAAGAUUUCAUGUGCACUCCACAGUGUGACACUUUACUCCCUGAAUGUCUCCGUCAGCUCCUAAAGGAACACAAAUGCACUCUUACAAAGACAUUAAAAUGACUUCAUCCAUUCUACCUUGAGGCAGUGGAACUUAGGAUGGGCAAGUUGGGAAUUGUAGUGAUUUUGCUCAUACUGGAUCAAGUAUCAGCCAUUGCUGGAGCCAGCAAAAAAGAGGACCAGAAGGAGGCGGUUUUCAAGGAGCUUGUUGAGAUAUGGAGGAAUGGUGGAAGAUGGAACCCACACAGAGCACAACCACCAGCAGAAAGACAGAAAGAUCAACAAAUUCAUUCCAUAGUGAGGAGCAUCAUGGGAGGCCUCAAGUCUCUAGGUGUCCUGCCUAGGAAAAGCAAGAGUCUCCCAUCUUUAAACAAAGCCUUCGAUAGAAACAGGCUCUCAGGAUUCCUGUAUAACAUCUCCAUGUACCUGCAAGAGAUGAGCGCAGAGUUAGAUGAUCGGCAGCAACCUUUUAGUGAAGACCAGUUUUGGGAGAACCUGCUCUACUCUCUUCUUCAGACGGGAAGGGAAACGUCGCUCGGAUUGUGGGAUGGGAAGAUUCCUCCGCGACCCACUUUCAGGAUUCAGGAUUUGUUUCUGUCACUCAGGGGCAGCCCACAUUGGGAUGGACUUCUGGGUUUAGUGCAAAGCAUUUUGACCCUCACUGAACGCCAGCCCCAAAAACCCAACUUGACGUUCAUUUCUCAGAACUGGAAGACUAUCAGCGCUUUGCUCGAAACUGUUCUUCAAGCUCUGGUCAGUGGGACGUACGGCCAGGCCGUUGCAGGUCUCCAGGGAUUCAUCUGUGUCCUGAAAGGACAAAAUGAUUGUGCCUUCAACCUGAGCUGGCUUGAGCAGCUCAUUAGGUUCAUGGAGACCAGGAACUGGAAACCCGUGGUCAGUCUACACCCUGUGAGUGUAGAAAGCAAUCAAAGAGAUGGCACACUCUCUACAGGACGUUUUAAACCCUUCCUCGUGCCACCUGAGGUGCUUCGUGAGGAGCAGCUCUUGUUGAACCAAUCAGGCACUGAUUCAGAGAGCCUUGCUUCUAUGAAGGCUCUACUUCUUCAGGCUUUGUCGAGGUCAAGUGCAGGAGAAAGGGCAGUAAAGUUCGCGGAGCGUAAUCCUGCCCUCCUGCAGGGCUUGGAUAACCUCAGACAUGGAUUUCUGCACAAUGUCGGCCGCAGUGUGUAUGGUAAUCUGAGAAGAAAAGUGUCACAUAUGACCAAGGCACUGCUAGAUGAUGUAAGCAGCAUGGUGGGCGAACCACAGUACAGUCACCAUGGAAGAUGUUCUGUAGGUGACCUCAGGCAGUUAAUAUUGUGGGGAAUUAGACAUAACUUGACAUGGAACGCUCAAGCGAUGGGUUUCAGGUCAGAUGGUUUACCCAGCAGGCCGUCUUUGAUGACCUGCCCCUCUCCAAAAGAGGAGACAAGGACUUUGGAACCUCAGCACUCAUCCAAAAGACCUAAACUUCACCAGUCCCCAGCAAAAGUACACGACGAGAGUGAUUCAGACCCCUUACCCUCAGCAGAGAUUCUGGAAGCUGCCUGUAAUGCCUCUAUUACUGGUCUCACUGGUGUCUCGAAUUUUACUGUCUUCCUCUACUGUAAUCUUUUCGAUGGAGAGAAUGGCUCACAGGACCCAGAAGUCAACCAUUUUGGGAUAGACCUGCAUGUGACUUGCUCCGAUGCUGCUUGGUACCUCUCAGCAGCAGAGGAAGAUUUUCUUUGGGUUCAUGUUUGCAGUGAAUUCUUUGCUCACGAUAACAAAACAGUGUGUGCCAACUCUACAUUCUGGCUGCAGCAUGCACAUCAGGCAGAAGCUACGAAGGAUUACCAGUACCUCAACCAGUCAAGUAUUGAUGACCUCUGUCUUCAACUCUCCAACGAUGUUUCUGGGGGAUCUCCUCCAGACGCUACUGAGGAUUGCUUAGCACUGCUAAGCAGCAAAACUCUAAAUGCCCAGGACUUUAGAAGGUGUUUUCUGCCCAAUAACACAGCCCUUACAGCCUCUUUGUGUGGAAAUGAGUCAUCUCAGAUACCCCAAGAUGGGAGCUGGGCGGCGGAGUACUGCUCAAAAGUCAUCCCUAAUCACUCUCAUGGGGUCCCCAAAGAGAACUGUGAUUACUUGAACUGGAAGGCAGAACAUUUUAUGAACAUCACGGCUCUAGAGAUUUGCAGCAGUAAAGCAGGUUUGAAGAACUAUAUUUGCAAAAACGCCACACUGUACCUCACAUUGGUUCAAAAGCAACCUUCACUUUUAGACUACUGUUUGAACUCUGAAGAGCAGCAGGGUGCUAAGUGCAUCCUCCAGAAGCUGUUUGACAUGCUGCCAGCGCCAUAUGACUUUGACACCUCUCAACUUUGUGUGAACCCCUUGCCCAUUCUACAAGACGCCAUUCAUAAGAUCACUCUAUGUGAAGGAACAGUGGAUGAACGCACAGGUUGGUUAGCUACGGUGAGCUAUGUGCUUCGAGUGUUGGACUUUGUGGUGGGGCUCUCAGCGGGUAUGGAGGAGGGAGAACGAGAGGUGCGUCAGAGCCUGGGUCAGGCCAUUCUUCUGUCCAGCCUCCAGGACAAUGCUUCCUUCUGGGCUACUCUACGGCCCGAUGCAUCAAUAAGUGUCCUUCACACUGUUGGCGUCUUCCUGAAAAGAGAGCAAAACUCAACUUUAAAAGAGGAUCUUUUAAGCUGUUUCAGUCCUGUCCUGUGGGAUCUCAUUCAGAGAGAGGGCAACUCCUCUGCUUUAAGAUUUUUAACUCCAGAAUACCUACAGAUGCCUAGAGAGAGUUUUCGCAGUGUAGUUUUGUCAGCGGAAAAAGAUGCCGUGAAAAGAUUCCUUUCCCAUGUUCAUCAGAGUUGGGAUCAACUUCAAGUGGAAACUAUACAGGUCUCUCCAAAGGAACAAGAGGCCAUGGAAACCAUGACAGCUGCUUUCAUUCACAAGUUUCCACGUGUCACACCAGAGCUUUUCAUCGACCUCUCCCAGUUUUUACCGUACAUGUCUGUCUCAGACAUUAUGACCUUCCCUGCCUCUCUCAUGGUCAAUGAAAGUGUACUGAUGGCCAUAAGUGAUCACAGCUCUGAGAUGAAGUCUCCACAAAAACAAGCCUUCGUAAAACGCCUGUUGCAGUCCAGCAUAGCUGGAGAUGUGCCUUCAUGGCCUCCAUACUUCCUCAGCUCCAUUCUGCCUCUACUUCCACAUCUCCCAGUCAGUCACUUUCAGCAGCUCACAUCUCAACAACUCACACCCUUAAUGGAGGUGCUAGGGAACAGCAGUCUGGAUGCCACAAGGGGGUGCCAUGUACUUCGUACUGUAUUUGGUAGGGGGAAGAACCUGACGAGUAACAACAUAAUGAGGUUAGGAGUUCUCAUAUGUUACCUGAACUCAGAGGACUUACAACAGUUAUUGUCUUCAUCAAAUCUCUCACCAGUCCUGUGGCAGCAGCUGGCACAAUGUGUAUCAGAGGGACACGUCAGUGGAAGUGGCAGACUGUCGCAUUGGCUUGGGAUGGCCCUUAAAUCCUUAAAUGCCAGUAUCUUAUCAGCUUCGGCAAUGGCCUCGUUACAUGGUAUGCUGCCACAAAUGGGCGCCUCAUUUUUGGAGCCGCUGUCCUUAAACGAGUUGUUGCAUUUGGUAACUCUGCCGGGUGUGCCAACUUUCCCACCUGCACAGGCAUUCCAGAUACUGAACAAAAUAGCAGAAGAAACAAAUUUCAGUGCCAACACGCUCUGCAGAUUAAAGCCAUUGUUUCCGGGUCUGGGGCCUUCUUUUUUGAGAAAGCUGGUUGUUCCUGAGUCUGCGCCUGAUUGUCGGUGUUGGAGUUUAAUGCUGGCUGACCUGCAACCUGCUCAUCGAGCGAUGGUCCAUUUUGCACUCCAACAGGCUCUGGAACGCACAUCUGCAAAUAUAACACAGCAGUUGCAAUGUCUUCUACCAUUCGUUUCCUUGAAGAAAUUAAUGUCAGAUCUGGAUGGAGAGACAGUCCUUCAUCACAUAUCUCUGUAUAAGCAUAUGCCAUGGUCUCACCAACAGUGUUUCGUUCUCACUGAAGAUUUAGGUCGUAUUGCUGGUGGCAUGAGCUGUGAUUGGCUGAAGCUUUGGGUAAAUGACUCAGGCUUCUCUGAAUUGUUGCAGUUCAUCACUAAGUUGCCAGGAGGACUUAGACCUGGUUUGAGGAAAUGCAUUGUGGUGGAGCUACGGAAACGGCCUGAUAUUGAUCUAAAUGACUUGGACCCCUCAUUUGCUGCAGGGUUACCGCUGACCAUGAUGGAGCACCUGUCUAACUCCUCACUCAUAAGUGUACUGGACCAUGUUCGACAACACUUCAUUGACUUUCUCCAGCUGCCACGACACAAGCAAACGGCUCUAGUAGAGAAAGCUAUCGAUGCACUCGGCAUCUCUGAAAAUGGCCUCACCGGGGCCUCCAUGGACACGCUUGGUCCUUUUCUGCCUUUUAUGGACAGGGAUGUGUUAGUUCACAUGGACCGAGAGGCUCUGAAACUGCGAAUGGAGGAACUGAAACAAUAUUGCCUGCCUUCUGACACAUUCAGACAAAUAGCAGCUUUGCUUACAGAGAGAAGCAUGCUGGGAGAUCCGAAAACAUGGACAGUUGGGAAUGUUGAGCAUGUGGGUAGACUGCUGUUCACCCUUUCAACUCAGCAGAUAAGAUCCCUACCACUGGUAAGUGAUUUAGGUAAAGACACAAUUGAGCAGGUUCUGAUGAGCCAGUGGCUUUGGAAAAACAGCGAAUUGGGAAAGGCUUGUUCAGACCUGAAAGGAUUACGAGAAAAGAUGAAUGGUCUCACCCACAGGAUUGUUAAAGGUCGAUGGUGGAUGAGAAGGGGACCCAUUCCAAGCUGUGCAGACAUUAAAGGGACGUUUCCAUCAGCCUGGAGAUCCUAUCAGCUGAAUCGAAUGAAGAAGAGGGAGCUGAAGAUGUGUGUUGAGUUCAUCGGUCAAGAUGACACACUUGACGCCGAGCAACGUGAAGCACUUUGGAUGGAACUCAGACCGGUGUAUAAGCCAGUGAGGCAGCUUAAACCAGAGCAGGUGUUGGAACUGGGUUGUAUAGUGACUGAGAUGGGUGAAAGAGACUUACAGGCUGCCAACUUGUCCAGUCUGGCUGUGGUGGCCCAUCUUGGGGACCUCAAUGGGUGGAACGCAAAGAAAAUGAGAGCAGUUGUCCUUGGUAUAAUGAAGCGACUUAAACAAAAGCCUGAAGAACUUGGUGUGGUGGAGCUUGUUUCCUUUGGACAUCUGCUUUGUGGCUUCAGUUCCUCUGAAAUGUCCCGUCUAGACCCGUUCAACCUAAGUGUGGCCGCUUUGUUUCUGGGGGAGAUGGUUCUGCCGUGUUCUGAGCAGCAGACCGAGGCCUUGACAUCACGCCUAUCCAAUCCUCUGGGCUUUGGUCCAGUCAGCAGCUGGGGCUCUGAGGUCUUCACUGAGAUUGGGACUUUGGCAGCUGGGCUGGAGGAUAUGGUGUUGUCUGCACUAAUAAAAGAGCAAGUGGAAGGACUUACUCCAGCAGCAAUAACCCUAAUACCUCCAAGAAAAUUAGCUGUGGUAUUCAGUGCCACGCAGCUGUCUUGGCUGAGCUCUGAACAAGCCUGUGCCGUGACAGAGGAGCAGUGGGCAGAAUUAGACAGCGAACAAAGACAAGCACUUGGCAUGGCCCAGUAUGAAGGUGAACUCAUGCUUGAGCACAGAGGCAGGAACCAGGCUCCAUCGUUGGCUCCAUGGUUUGCUGACAGCUUCAGAAAAUAUUUAUUACUUUAUGUCUGUACAUUGUGGAUACUAUUAUAAAGAUUAUAACCUAAG